AAAAAGCAAAACCCUAAAUCGAAAGUCGAAACCUUGAAUGGUCCACCCGCUCAAUUUCAAUUGAAAUCCCAAUUCUGAAAGCUUGAUGACCUACAACUGUUUCUCCAAAUUCCUCACCACUCUCAAGAAAGCCCGCAGCUUUAUCGGUGUCGCCGCCCUCUCCACCACCACCACAGCCGCCGCCUCCGCCGCACCGGCUUCCCCCAAGUUCUCAGCCAUGGAAUCCGACCUCCAGACCCUCAAAACACGCGUUUGCAUCAUCGGCAGCGGCCCCGCCGCCCACACCGCCGCGAUCUACGCCGCUCGCGCCGAGCUCAAGCCCAUCCUCUUCGAGGGCUGGAUGGCCAACGACAUAGCCCCCGGCGGCCAGCUCACCACCACCUCCGAGGUCGAGAAUUUCCCCGGCUUCCCCGAAGGAAUUGGCGGGAUAGAUCUCAUGGACAAGUGCCGCGCGCAGUCUGUCAAAUUCGGCACGCAGAUCUUCACCGAGACUGUCUCCAAGGUUGACUUCUCCGGCUUUCCGUUUAAGAUUUUUAGCGAUUCUAGGACUGUUGUUGCCGAUUCUGUGAUUGUAGCAACUGGUGCUGUUGCGAAACGCCUCAAUUUCCCCGGCUCCGAAACCUUUUGGAACCGGGGGAUUUCUGCUUGUGCCGUGUGCGACGGCGCGGCGCCUAUUUUCCGCAAUAAGCCACUUGCAGUUAUUGGUGGUGGUGAUUCUGCCAUGGAGGAAGCUAACUUUUUAACUAAGUAUGGCUCUAAAGUGUACAUUAUUCAUCGGAGGAAUGAGUUUCGUGCUUCGAAGAUUAUGCAGAACAGAGCACAGACGAAUCCGAAGAUUGAAGUGCUGUGGAAUUCGACAGUGACUGAGGCGUAUGGGGAGAGAACUUUGGGGGGAUUGAAGGUUAAGAAUGUGCAGAGCGGGGAGGUUUCAGAUUUGGCUGUUUCUGGUUUGUUUUUCGCAAUUGGGCAUGAACCUGCAACCAAGUUUCUGGAUGGGCAGCUGGAAUUGGAUUCGGAUGGAUAUGUGGUCACGAAGCCCGGCACCACAUAUACCAGUGUGAAGGGUGUCUUUGCUUCUGGUGAUGUUCAGGAUAAGAAAUACCGGCAAGCUAUUACUGCUGCUGGUAGCGGGUGCAUGGCAGCUUUGGAUGCAGAACAUUACCUUCAAGAGAUCGGUUCUCAGGAGGUGUGAUGAAGAUCCCGGAAUCUUGAUUUGACAGAUCACGGUGGGCACAUUUCCAAAAUCUGAGGAACUUAAGAGGGUGGUAGUGUCUCACCGAGGUUUGGUCAAUCCCCUCAAUUGGUUAAGCAUCUCUAUUUACAAUCCUUGUACUACUAGGCAUGCUAUUAUGUCCUUUGAUUUAAAUUAUAGUAAAGACUUAAUUCAGAUUUC